AUGUAGAAAAUAAUACUUUCAACCUUAUUGUUGUGUGUAUUAAUAUUGCUAGAUUAUAUUUAUGGAGAGUAGACAUUUACCUUAAGUAAUUCUAUUACAGAGUACAUGUAAAAAUAAUUUGAUUAUGGAAAUGAAAAUGGAUUAGUAGGUAUAAUAGAAUAGAUGAAUUAUUAUUAGAAAGCUUUCUGCUUAUCUUUUAUUAUUUGGGGGGAAGAUAAUUUAUGGGUUUAUUGUUCAUAAUACUUUGGUUGAAAUCAGGUUUGAAAGAGCAAAUUUUAAAAUUAAUUACAAUGUAUUCCAUUACAGCUUUUUUUGAUCAUUUCGCAAAACUUAUCUUGAUUCAACCUAGACCUUUUUAUGAAGAAACUGAUGUUCGAUUAGAUUUCUGUUAAAAAGGUUAUGGAGACCCUUGUGAUAACUCAUUAAGGUCUAUUGUGUUUUAUGUAAUUUUAUCAGAAACUUUAUUAUUUAAAAAAUAUAAAGUUUAAUAAAAUGAUCUAGGUGUUCUAAGUUCAAUUAAUUAAAAUUAAAAGUUUCAAUACCAAUACAAAUUAUUAUCAAAGUAUCUAAUUUCUUAUAUUUUAGUAAUGAUCUUUUUACUUAACUUUAUCCAAAUUCUAUGUUUAGUUAUAAUUAAUAUAAAUUUAUGUUAGCUACUUUUUUAUUUAUUACAGGUAUCUCAAAUUCAUAUUUUGGCUUGAAUUUCUUAAGUCAAAUAAUAAUGGGAUGGAUUAUUGGUGGCUAUAUACUUUAUAUUUAUUAUUUUUGUGAUUUUGAAAAAUAUUUGGAAAGAUUAUUUUUAUAAGCAAUCCAUAAUUAAUAAGAUUAAAUUAAUAAAAAGCUUGGACAUGUAGUCAAAAUUGCAAUUUAAUUUGCUUUUCCAUUUUUUAUUUCAAUCAUACUUUAUAUAUUUAGAAUUUAUGAUGAUGAAUUAAUUUUGAAAUAAUAACAAUGGAGUCAAUUAUUAUAAAGCCAUUCAAAGUGUUAAAAUUAAACUUAUAAUUUUAAUAUAUCAUUUGAGAAGUAAGAAAUGAUUGGAAUGUGCGUCAUCUUUUUACCAUUUUAUCUUUACUUAUGUUGUUAUUUUACUCCAGGAUAAUAUAAACCCGAAUUAUACAAUCAUUUAAAUCUUACCUUAAAAGGUUUUGUUAGAGUUUUGAUACUCUUAGGUUUACUUUUGUUAUAAAUGUCAAUUCAUAUUUUAUUGAGAAAUUUUGUUAUGAACAAAAAUAUAGAUAUCAAUAUCACUUAUUUGAUAAUUGGUAAGUUAAUUUUAGAACUUUAAUUCUCCUUAUUUUUUAUAACAUUGUUACCUGUGUUAUACAAAUUAUGUAAAGCCGAUAUUGAUGGAGACUUUUUGAGAAAAAUCAACUAAAUUGAAAUGCAAGAAAUGGAAUUGUGA